UACACAAGAAAGCCCAGAUGCGCCUUUGAAGAUGCGACUGCUGCGAGCAGGCGAAGUGGCAUUUGACGGAGCGUUGAAGGAUCGCGUCAUGCACCUCAUCCGAACGAACAAGACAUCCCCAGAAGAGAUCUCCAUGGUCAAUAUCCAGCUCGGAGAAUUCGCCGCCAACGCCAUCCAACAAUUUGCGAAAGAGCACAACUUCGAUCUGCAAGAAGAAGUGGAUAUUAUUGCAGGCCAAGGACAAACAAUAUGGCAUCUGCCAUUACCCCACCUCUUCGAAGGCGACCAGAUCCGCGCACAUCUCGAUAUGGCUGAAAUUUCGAUCAUCGCAGCGAAGACUGGAAUCACGGCUCUAUCAAACUUCCGCGUCAGCGACAUGGCCCUUGGUAGACAAGGUUGUCCCUUGUUCGUGGCUUGGGACGGACUUUGCGCGACACACCCAGUGAAGAAUGUUGCUGUUCAGAACAUUGGAGGAAUCGCCAACAUCACAAUGUUGCCAAAGGGUGACCCGAGAUUGGGAUAUGAUUUCGAUACUGGACCAGGAAAUGUAUUUAUCGAUGGUGCUGUCCGAUACUUCACAAACGGCGAGCGUCAGUACGACAAGAAUGGUGUAAUGGGUGCCGCAGGCAAAGUCGACCAAGAAAUCGUCGACGAGGUUCUCCAACAACCAUACUUCGUGCACGAAAUCCCCAAAACAACUGGACGCGAAACAUUUGGCGACAACCUGUCAGAAGAACUAUGCCAACGGAUGCAAGCGAAGGGAGCAACUCCAGAAGAUUGCAUUGCAACCAUCACCCGCAUCACAGCAAAGUCACUGGCCGAUGGCUACAAGCGCUGGGGUCCUCCAGGCGGCAUCGACGAGAUCUACCUCGGUGGAGGUGGCUCCUACAACCCCAACAUCAUCAACUACCUCCAAGAACAGUUUCCAAAGACUAAGAUUCAAUUCCUCAAUGUUAUUGGGGUUCCUUGCGGAAGCCGAGAAGCCAUGAGCUUUUCAUUCAAGGGUUUGGAAUGCAUCGUUGGCAGAAGUUUGAUUGUACCAACCCACGUGGAGAGCGACAAGGCUGGAAUCAUUGGACACAUUCAACCAGGUGCAGGGUUACAGUACCACCGAUUGAUGAAGCAUGUACAGGACUUCUGGGGAGAUUGGCCAUUGGAAAAGCGAAUGGAUCCUGUGUUGAAGAUGGAGAUCGUGAAGCAGGAUGCUGGGGUUGCAAAUGGUAAAUACUAGCGGUGCAUCGAAAGAAUGGCGUUGUCUUGGGAGUAAAUACUGUAGCAUAUCCAGUAGAUGGUUUGCCUUUUGUAUCGUUUCUGUUCGGCUUCGGUAGUGAUUGAGCUUCGGCCUCGUGAAUCAAGAAUUCCUCCCAGGUAGAUUCCACUCAAACAUCCUCAUCAGUGCCUGGCCAGGCAUAUAUUCCUCCCCUAUCUCCUCCGUCACAUCCCUCCAUUCCCAGCCUCUCUCAAUUAGAAGACCGGCCCAACCCCACCAUUCCAAUAACCCGUUGACGUUAUCUCUAGUAUUCCACCCUGUCCUCGACUGAAUAUCGAUUAAGCACUCCAACAGUGCCUUCCUCUUGCGCCAUCCCACCAAGGCAUGACCUGCAGAACUGAGCAACUGGACAGCGGUCGC